ACCAGUGUCCAACAGGAGUGCCCAUGGGUGUGGUGAAAGAAUUUUCCAAUCCAUCACCAUUGUGUCAAUUGUCCAUAAAAUAAAUGUGCGAGCAUAGCUCUGGUUUCAAAUGAAGGCACUCAAAUCUCAGCUCAAAACUCACAAAUGAGUAUAAAAGGAAUGCAUGACUCAGAGGAUCUCGUUCUCGAGGAGGGCUCAAGUAGGCUCAGAGACCGGGUAGAUGGCAGUGGAAUGAGCCUGGGCAAGAAGAAGGGGGUGAAGGUGAGUGGGAAAAACAUGGCCCCAGUGGACUGGGACAGAGGGGGGCCGUCCAUAGUCCACCACUCCAGCUACAUGAGCAGCCCCAGACCCUCAGAAAACCCCCCCACCAUCAUCUCUAUCGGCCCCUCUCUCCACACCCACAGGCCCUCUGGGUCUCCAGAGAGGGACCGGCCCAGGCAGGAUGAGGUCCCCCCCUCCAGAGUGGAGUGGUCCAGAGAGGGUUGCACCUACAGCCAACGGGCUUCCAACAGCGAGGUGGGGGUCUCCAGACAAACCAUGGAUGAGUUGAAGAGUAUCCUGAAGGAUAGUUCCAUGCUUGGUGCCCGGGGGAAGGAGGAGGGGGGGCGUCCUGGGAGCCCAGCCCCUUACACCUACCUGCAUGGGACCAACAGGAGAGAUGGACAGCCGGAGUCCCAGUCCUCCUUCACCACUUUCAAGCCCCACUCUGAUGCUUCCAGGAGGGUGUCCACCAGGUCCAGGGACAGCAGCUCCCUCCAGCUUGGCUCCGGUGUGGACUCGUCAACCUCAUACAGGUCGGAUGUGACUGGCGCAAACAGGCAAUCCGGAAUACGGUCGUCCACGUUCGAGAGCAGCAGUGCCAACUGUGGAGAGACCUGGAACUCAGAAACAGAUAACAGUAAAGACAACAUGGAUAAGUCUGGGACUCAGAGCUUCAUCUCAGCCAUGGAGCAUAUCAAGCAGCAGAUUGCCCGGGAGAAUAUCAACUUUGUCCGCUUCGAGGCCACGGAUCUCCAUGGGGUGUCCAGGUCUAAGACAGUGCCAGUCCGCUUCUUUCAU